ACCGGAUGGAAGAGCCAGCUGACUCAAGUGAGCUGAGUGUCUAGGCCAGCUUGGGGCUCAGUUCCUUGUACUGCACGAUCGCCUGAGUCCUUCAUUUAAUGCAAUGUUUGAAGCUUGGUCUGAAUAGAUUCUGUCAUUACCAAGUCAAAGAAAAAGCAGUGAAAAGUUGAUGCAGUUUCCUCAUAGGGCCACAAUGGAACCCGCUGGUCUGGCCCUGCAGCAGAGCAAUGAAACUGGAAAAGUCUGAAGAGACCUAAGAACAAGAAAUAUGCUAUCUCAUGACCUUACUGUCUGAUUGCUAGAAGACACUGAAGUCACACUAUAACAAUGGCAACUACUUUGGUCAACACCUGGUCUUGUUCCUCACAGAAGAUGCACUUUCUAACCAAUCACAGCAACCAAUCACCACAAAACUUCUCAGGAGCCUCAAAUGCUACCACCUGUCCCAUGGAUGAAAACUUACUAUCUACUGUGUUAACAACAUUCUACUCUGUUAUUUUCAUUGUGGGAUUAAUUGGGAACAUAAUUGCCCUGUAUGUCUUUCUGGGUAUCCACCGCAAAAGAAAUUCCAUUCAAAUUUACCUACUUAAUGUUGCCAUUGCAGACCUGCUACUCAUUUUCUGUCUCCCUUUCCGAAUAAUGUAUCACAUUAAUCAAAACAAGUGGACACUAGGUGUGGUUCUCUGUAAGGUUGUGGGAAUGCUAUUUUAUAUGAACAUGUACAUAAGCAUUAUUUUGCUUGGAUUCAUUAGUUUGGAUCGUUACAUAAAAAUUAAUAGGUCUAUACAACAACGGAAGGCAAUAACAACCAAACAAAGUAUAUAUGUUUGCUGUAUAGUGUGGAUAAUAGCUCUUGCUGCAUUUUUAACUAUGAUUAUUUUAACACUUAAGAAAGGAGGGCAUAAUUCCGCAAUGUGCUUCCAUUACAGACAGAAGCAUAAUGCAAAAGGAGAGGCGAUUUUUAACUUAAUUCUUGUGAUAAUGUUCUGGCUAAUUUUCCUACUAAUAAUUCUUUCAUACAUUAAGAUCGGCAAGAAUCUACUGAGGAUUUCUAAACGAAGGUCAAAAUUUCCUAAUUCUGCAAAAUAUGCCACCACAGCCCGGAAUUCAUUUAUUGUACUUAUCAUUUUUACUAUAUGUUUUGUUCCCUACCAUGCCUUUAGAUUCAUCUAUAUUUUUUCCCAGCUAAACGUGUCGUCUUGCUACUGGAAGGAAAUCGUUCACAAAAGCAAUGAGAUCAUGCUGGUCCUGUCAUCUUUCAACAGCUGCUUAGAUCCAGUCAUGUACUUCCUCAUGUCCAGUAAUAUCCGUAAAAUCAUGUGCCAACUGCUUUUUAGACGAUUUCAAGGUGAAGCCAGCCGAAGUGAAAGUACUUCGGAAUUCAAGCCAGGAUACUCCCUGCAUGAUACGUCUGUGGCAGCUAAAAUACAGUACAGUUCUAAAAGCACUUGAAGUAACCGUACUGAAAUGAAUGAGAUCACCGCUUAAUUCCUCGAAGAACUGAAAAAAUUAUGAAACAAAACUCUAGCAUUUACAAAACUAAGCUCUCCAACCACUGCUCACAUUUUGUGGUAUUUUGUUUGCUUACCUGUAAAACAGUUCAUGGCAAAAAAAAAAAAAAAAGCUUAAAUUCAUCAUUCAAUUUUAAAACUACUUAAAAUCUUUUCCAGAACACACUGUUAAGCUAACAUUCUAAUAUAGGCUGUAAAGUUAAAUUAA